GGUUGGUGUUGAAUAAUUGGAGGUUACAUCCGGUGCAGCAUCUGGCUGUCACAGCCCCUCACAGCGUCUCUCUCUCCGGCGUGAUCAAGGUCUGCGGCUCGAGCUCUGCUUCUUCAUUAAUUAAUGGGAACUGACAAAGUGGUGUGCAACAGAGUGACCCCAUCCAAACUUCUCUGUUAGGUGACAACAAAAAGAAAGCCAUGCCCCCACCUGCUGACAUUGUAAAGGUGGCUAUCGAAUGGCCAGGUGCUAAUGCUCAGCUUAUAGAGAUGGACCAGAAAAGACCUUUGCCCUCAAUCAUCCGUGAAGUUUGUGAUGGAUGGUCUUUGUCAGGCUCUGAACAGUUUGCCCUGAGGUAUGCUGAUGGUCCUCAGCUUUAUAUCACUGAAGAGAGCCGCAGUGAAAUAAAGAACGGGACCAUCCUUCGAUUAGCCAUUUCUCCCGGCCGGGCUGCUCGUCAGCUCCUGGAGCGUAUCCAAUCCCAUGGGAUUGACGCUCGCCUGGAGGCUCUAAAGGAGUUGGCUAAACUGUCAGCGGACCCCACGUUUGCCACGGAGUUUAUCAACAUGGAGGGAAUUGGGACGCUGGCCCGCCUCGUCGAGAGCGGCACCCACUUUGGUGAAAUGCUGGCCUUCACUCUCACUGCAUUCCUGGAGUUAAUGGAUCACGGCAUUGUAUCCUGGGAUCUUAUCUCGCUCUCCUUCAUCAAGCAGAUUGCAGGCUAUGUGAACCAGCCCAUGGUUGAUGUGUCCAUCCUGCAGCGCUCUCUGGCCAUCCUGGAGAGCAUGGUCCUCAACAGCCACAGCCUCUACCACCGAGUGGCUCAGGAGAUCACCGUGGGACAGCUCAUCGGGCACCUGCAAGUGUCAAACCAAGAGAUUCAGACCUAUGCCAUUGCUCUCAUCAAUGCUCUUUUCCUGAAGGCACCUGAGGAUAGACGACAGGAGGUGUACGCUAACCCGCUGGAGCAGCACCUCACUGAAAUGGCAAGCACUUUGGCCCAGAAGCACCUACGAUCCAUCAUUCUUAAUCACGUCAUAAGAGGAAAUCGACCAAUCAAAGCAGAGAUGGCACAUCAGCUGUAUGUGCUGCAAGUGUUGACCUUUAAUCUUUUGGAGGAACGAAUGAUGACCAAAAUGGAUCCUAAUGACCAGACUCAAAGAGACGUGAUUUUCGAGCUGCGGAGGAUUGCCUUUGAUGGAGAAAAUGACCCCACUGGUACAGAAAAAAGAAAGGCAUUGUAUGCCAAGGAUUAUAAAAUGCUAGGUUUCACAAACCAUGUGAACCCUGCUAUGGACUUCACUCAGACUCCCCCGGGGAUGCUGGCUUUGGACAACAUGUUGUACCUGGCCAAGGUCCACCAGGACACAUACAUCCGGAUUGUUCUGGAGAACAGUAGUCGUGAGGAUAAGCAUGAAUGUCCCUUUGGCCGGUGUGCCAUCGACCUGACUCGGAUACUCUGUGAGAUACUCCAAGUUGGAGAAUUGCCUAAUGAGGGCUGCAACGACUACCAUCCUAUGUUCUUCACUCAUGACCGAGCAUGGGAGGAGUUCUUUUGCAUCUGCAUCCAGCUGCUCAAUAAAACCUGGAAGGAGAUGAGGGCCACCUCUGAGGACUUUAAUAAGGUGAUGCAUGUGGUCCGAGAGCAGAUCACCAGGGCUCUGGCCAUGAAGCCCUCGUCUUUAGACCAGCUAAAGAACAAGCUACGAGGUCUCAGCUACUCAGAGAUACUGAGACUACGACAGUCUGAGAGAAUGAGCCAGGAUGACUUUCAGUCUCCCCCCAUCAUUGAGCUGCGAGAGAGAAUCCAGCCUGAGAUUCUGGAGCUCAUUAAGCAGCAACGACUCAAUCGGCUGUGCGAGGGCAGCUGUUUCCGAAAAGUAGGCAACCGCCGAAGGCAAGAGAAAUUUUGGUUCUGCAGACUCUCUCUCAACCACAAAGUACUGCAUUAUGGGGACUUGGACGAAUCACCUCAGGGUGAAGUGCCUUUUGAGAUGCUCAGCGACAAGAUUCCCGUGUCUGACAUCAAAUCUGUAGUGACUGGGAAGGACUGUCCUCAUAUGAAGGAGAAAAGUGCUCUCAAGCAAAACAAAGAGGUGCUGGAAUUGGCCUUCUCUGUCCUUUAUGAUCCGGAUGAGACGCUAAACUUUGUUGCGCCCAACAAAUAUGAGUAUUGCGUCUGGACGGAUGGCCUUUGCGCGCUGCUUGGCAGAGAGAUGAGCAGUGAUCUGACUCGCAGUGACCUGGACACACUCAUCAGCAUGGAGAUGAAGCUUCGCCUCCUGGACCUUGAGAACAUCACAAUCCCAGAGGCCCCGCCCCCUGUUCCGAAGGAGCCAAGCUCUUAUAAUUUCACUUACAACUACAGCUGAGAUGUCUCUAUUGUAAAGCAAAUUAGGAAUGGUCAAUAAUGUGCACUCUCUCUAUUUUAACAAAUCAUGCGGUGUGUGUGAUUCAAAAAAGGCUACCCUGGAACCUCCAAAGGCGAAAAUAAUUCAUCGUUGUCCUGAUUUUAAAAGUGUUUUCCAGGCUCAAAAUGUCACUAUCAUAACACCUUUAUUAACUGUACAGGCAAAGUUUUAAUUAGCAUUACCCACUGAAUAAUAAAACUAAAAUAAAGUACAGUGAUCCCUGUAUAGUUGCACGUAUUUAAGUCACCAGCAGUUUUCACCAGUUCAUUCUGUAUUUAAUAAGGGUACCCGCUAACGUUCAAUGCUCCAGUCAGGGACGGAUCACUGCGUCCUCUUCCACAUAAAGAGACGUCUCCAUGUGUGACUACUGCGCCGCUUUUAAAUGGAACGAGAGAAGCCACUUUGAUUGUACAGUAUUGAAGUCAGCCGUGAUAAUGUCCACACCAGCGCAGAUGUCCCACGUUUAAGCUUCUCGGGCUACGCUGGUACACGGAAUUACCUAAACCGGGUCUAGCCUGACUACUCAGAACUAUGCCAAGUGCAGCGCUGGAUUUGCGAUAGUCCUGAAAAUUGAGUCCUUGGUUUUAUUUUCAAAAUAUUAAUUGAACUGAAGUCUCAUAAGAUUUACUGAUACAUUUUCGUUGGACUAAAUUGAACAACUUUUGGGGCAUUCGACCAUAGAGGUUCCGCUGUACUAUCUUUUUUUUCUUUUUGUACAUUUCUUAUUUGUGACUAUAUGAUUCAUACAUGUCAUCUGUACCUAGUACGCUUCACAUUGUGCUUGUUUGUGUGUGCGUGCGUGUGUGUGUGCGUUUGUGUAAUGAAAACUCCAUAUAGGAAGGCCACAGAACCUCUCAACUGUGAAGCAGAGGUGCCAACUACAAUACAGUAAUAUAUUUGUCGGAAAAUAUUUAGAAUAAUAUUAUUCUGUACUAUGUUUUUACAUUAGCAGUCACAAGAAGGCCGAUUUAGAAUCCAGCCAUCCAUUUUCUGAGCAGCUUCUCCUCACGAGGGUCGCGGGCGUGCUGGAGCCUAUCCCAGCUGUCAUCGGGCAGGAGGCGGGGUACACCCUGAACUGGUUGCCAUCCAAUCGCAGGGCACAUACAAACAAACAACCAUCUGCACUCACAUUCACACCUACGGGCAAUUUAGAGUCUCCAAUUGAAUGUUUUUGGGAUGUGGGAGGAAACCGGAGUGCCCGGAGAAAACCCACGCAGGCACGGGGAGAACAUGCAAACUCCACACAGGCGGGGCCGGGGAUUGAACCCAGGUCCUCAGAACUGUGAGGCUGACGCUCUAACCAGUCAGCUACCGUGCCGCCCGAUUUAGAAUCCAAAACAUGUAAUACACUGUACUAUGUAUACAUGUAUUUUCAUAGGUGCACACUGUACUUAAAAUUAAAAAUCUGAUUACAAAUGUGGCAAUGAGUAGAAAUGUAUUGAUUGGAUUUUGAAAAUGUCUCCUUAUUGGGUCGCUUGGAAAUGUGUUCAGUCUUAGAUUUGUUUGCUAUUGUUUAUUGAUAACCAUUUCUUAACAUUGCCUCUGAGUGUUGAACAGGAGAUUUUUAAGAAAGCAUUACAAUAUAUUGAAUGACCUUUUUAUAUGUCGUUUCGGUUAGUUUACCAGUGUGAUCUGGGAUAAUAAGGACAAUUAGAGUACGACACGUUUCGUCUUUGUAAUACAGUGGCCAUUAUGGUACUAACCUUGCUGUGUCAUUUGUUUAAAAAUGUUUUUGUCAUCUUUUAAAAACUUGUCAAUGUUGAAUCUACUGUAGUACGAAUCAUGUUAAUGAUGUCAUUUGUUAAUGCUGAAUAGAAUUAUAUUUUUGUAAAUGAUUGUACACUGUGAGGAGAAUGGUAACAACAUGACUUUGCAUAACGCUGUUUUCAGCAUGCUAUGUUUUUUGUUUUUUAUUUACCAUGCUGCAUCAACCUGAAUGCCACAAAACAUUUCAGACCAUCAUUUGACCAUGUUUUCAAAUGUCAUCUUUGCUUUUUUAAAAAAGAAAUUUGUAUUUGUAUUUUAUUUUAGUAUUAGAAUAGGAACUUUACCAGACAAAGAUGAUGUCAGUUGUGUCUUUUCUGGCUAGAGGGUAUUACAAAUCCUAGUACUAUUGAUGGUAUCUGUGAAAAAUGUCUGUUUUAAACUACUAAUGGAUGUAAUAGUUUCAUAUUUUUUACAGUUAAGAAGCUGCUAUCAGAGAAUUCCAAGUGAAUUUACCAUACAGCAUUAACUGCAGUGACUGACGGGUUUUUGCAUUACAUAUGCUAACAGUAUGACUUGCAUCUGGUACUUUUCUCCACUUGCUUGUAAUAGUAUUGAAUGGGAUGUUGUUAAUUGAUAAAUACAACAGCAAAAAAAAAAAACUAAAAUCUAAAUAUGGUAUACGUAUGCAGUAAAUCUGUGUAUAUAUGGUAUUGUGUUG